AUGGGCGACGAAAAGUUUGCCGAGGCUUACGCCGUUAAAAAGUUCGCCUUUUUCGGAGUUGUGGUUUCGACUAUUGCCACACUCACCGCCAUCAUUGCCGUUCCGAUGCUCUGCCUUCACAUGCAGAACAUCAAAUCCGGACUCGAUGAUGAGCUUGUCUAUUGCAAAGCGAAGAACGCUGAUUUGAAGUCUGAGUUCUUCAAGCUCAAUUCGAUCCGAGCUGAAGCCAACCGUCAGAAGCGUCAGACAUCCUAUGAGUGCUGCUCGUGUGGAAUUGGGGCUGCUGGACCAGCUGGUGUUCCAGGACAAGAAGGAGAGCCAGGAGACGAUGGAAAGCCAGGACAGCCGGGACAACCAGGACGGGAUGCCGAAAGCAACGACGAGAAAGCGACCGCCGUCGAUUUCUGCUUUGAUUGUCCAACUGGACCACCAGGACCUGCUGGAGGACCGGGACCAAAGGGACCACCAGGACCACCAGGAGGAAGCGGAGAACCGGGACCAGCUGGACGUGGAGGACCACGCGGUCAGCCAGGUCCACGCGGACCACCAGGAGAAGCCGGAGAAGAUGGAGGACCAGGAAACCCGGGUCAGCCUGGACAGACGAGAACUCUUCCAUCGCCACCAGGAGAGCCAGGACAACCAGGAGAGCCAGGUGCUCCAGGCGAGCCAGGGCCAGACGGACGUCCAGGACAUCCAGGACGUAGCGGACCACCAGGACCUCCAGGAGAUAACGGUGGAAAUGGAGAGCCAGGAAAGGACGGAGAAGAUGGAGCACCAGGAGAGCCAGGAAAGGUCGGAGCCAAAGGAUCGUGCGAUCACUGCCCACCACCGCGAACUGCCCCUGGAUAUUAG